CCCGGAAGUCAGAUGUUGCUGUUGAGUCACCCCUGACUGGUAGCAGCCAGAUAGCGGAAAACAACUAGAGAUGAUGCUGGAAAGCACGGCAUCUUUGAACCGAUCCAGAGAGUGAAUAAAUGCGUUUGUCCAUACGGAUACCGCCUUGAGCAUUUGUGGUUCGCUCUUCGAGACUGACGUUGUAUCAAAAUGAUGGAGGAAAUUGACAGAUUUCAAGUGCCACCAGUGAAUCCAGAGAUGAAGCUGCUGGACCCUGCAGAGACGUCCACUAUCGAGAAUGAAACGGCUCCGAGAGAACCAGAGUCGGUCGCCAUCAACUACAAGCCUUCCCCACUACAAGUCAAGAUAGAGAAACAGCGAGAGCUUGCGAGGAAGGGCUCAGUGAAGAAUGGAACUGUGGGUAGUCCAGUCAAUCAGCAACCCAAGAAAAAUAAUGUUAUGGCCAGAACAAGGUUGGUUGUCCCUAAUAAAGGCUAUUCAUCCUUAGACCAGAGUCCAGAUGAGAAGCCGCUUGUAGCACUGGACACAGACAGUGAUGAUGACUUCGAUAUGUCCAGAUAUUCAUCAUCUGGAUAUUCUUCAGCCGAGCAAAUAAACCAAGACUUAAACAUCCAGCUUCUGAAGGACGGCUACCGGUUGGAUGAAAUACCGGAUGAUGAAGACCUGGACCUCAUUCCCCCCAAAUCUGUGAACCCCACCUGCAUGUGCUGCCAAGCCACUUCCUCCACAGCCUGUCAAAUUCAGUAACCAAACCCUCCUCCUGUCCUGACCUGAGAGUCCAGCUUGAACCCUCCGCAUAGAUUAACUACUAAAGAACUUGAGAACAGUAGAAUGAGUGUAUUAUAAUUAAUAUCAAAUAGGGAAAAAAAUAAUAACGAACGGGAAGUAUAUGUAACAGUUAAUGGUUCCUCCUAUGGUAGGACGCUAGUCUUUAUAUUUCCACCAGAGGGCGCUAGAUUUAGGUAUGUAUAGAUGUAAGAAGCAUUGAAGUGUAUAUAAAUGCAUGGUGCAACAUCAGAAGAAAACAGCUGCUCGAGUAUUUCAAAAACUGAACAAAAAAUGAACAUUUCACACUACAGGUUCCUCAGUACCAUUGUUUUUUUUGGUUCGAAGUAAGAAAAAGACCCCUAAAUCGUUAAAAUUGUUCCCCUUUUUAUGUGUUAUUUUUAUUUAAAGUAAUUUUUAAAAUAUGAUUAUGAAAGAAAAUUCACAUUUUGUUUAAAUACUUUAAUUUACCUUUAAAUUACGGGUUGCAUUUACAAUAUCAUAUCUCUUCGAAUAAUAAAAUGGUGAAAACUGAACGAAAGGGACGGAUACCUUUAUACUUUUUUUAUUUAUCAUGAAAAUAGCAUUACGCUUGGUAUUUUAAUGUAAUUUUAGGAAAUCUGUUCCUUCCAAUCAUAUUCCAUUUGGUAAAAUAAUAUUUAACACGUCUGUAAUAUCGCCGCAGAAAGACUAAUGAGACCUUGUUGAAUCUCUUUUGGUUUUUAACACUUCACUGAUUGUUUACAGUUUCAUCAAAGUUACUUUUGUAAUUCACACAAAGCAUUGUGUGAUGUAGGAAAACAGUGGAUUCUAUUUAGCGCAUCUGUGCUUUAUGAAAUUAAUUUUUGAUGGUUUCUGAUUAUAUUAGGACAGAAGUGUGUGUUUUCUAACAAAAGGGAGUGUUGAGGCAAAUUUCUUAGUCACAUUAUGUAACUUUAGAAUGUAUAUUUUAAAUAUAUUACCAGUAGCUUUGUAGCGAACACUAAUGAAGGGAAUACUUUAAAAGAGCUGUUUUAAAAGGGGAUAGUUCACCCAAAAAUGAACAUUGUGACGUUAUCUUUCAUCAUUUCAAACCUAUUUGAGUUUCUUCCGUUUACCGAACACAAAUGAAGCACUUGAGGGUAAGUAAAUGAUAUAAAUUUUCCUUUCAGGGUGAACUGUUCCUUUAAAAGUUCCUAAUUUAGCUUUAAAUGGUUUCCUUUAAUAGGUUUUUGUUCACUCACUGUCAAAAACACUUGAAUUGUUUGCAUAAUGGCUAUUACAUCUUUUCUCACGGUGUCUGAAAUGGUUGGUUCUUAUAUCUCUAAACACUUCUUCUUAUAUUUCAUUGGUCAAAUGUCCCAGUCUGUUGUUAUUGGUCUACCGUUUAUGUCCAGUGUUAAAAAUUACCACAUCUGAAUAUCAGCUCCGGAGGCUUCCUCAGCUUUUGUAAACAGAGAACCAUAAUGAAGUCAGUUCCACUAUAUCACUUCAAGCCCUCGUCCUUUUCCAUGCAGAGUAGAUUUGCUUUCAAGGCACAGUGAACAAAAUCGACAACUCAACACCAAACUACUCCAGGUCUCAUCUACAAAUACAGCAUUUGAUUUCAAAUUAGACAUUGUUUGCAAGUGAAGAUAAUAGGCUGGCUUUAUGGACAUUUGUUACAAAACCUAUUUAAGUUUGUACUGCAAGUCAGACUGGAGUUACUGAAGACUCAUUUUAUGCAGUUCAGACUUGUUGGCUCUUUUGAAAGACAAUAACUUCAUAUAUCAUGCACUUUUUUGUUUACCCUCACAAAUUAUUACAUUGAACACAUAUUUUGAAAGCAAAAUAUGGCAACACAGGCUCAUUGAAAAUAUCUGCGGCGGCCUACAUUUUUUGUGAAACUAGGUAAAAUCAAUUUAAAACUUCUGUUCCAUUUCACACUAAUGAUUAUUUAAAUAUAUCAAAUAAAUACCACAAAUCAACUUAACGGUGUCUUAUGAUUUGCCGUCAAAAACGUUUCUUCGGUAGCUCACGUUGUACAAUAUACUUGU